AUGGCUGGCGGCUCUGCGGCGGGGCUCGCCCGGGCCUUGGAGGCGCUCGAUGUCAGUGGUGCGGCAGAUAAAAUUGACUUAAUACCUCAAGACUUCUUUGCAGAACUAUGUGAGCAAGUAAUUCAACAUUUGAACCAUAAGAUUGAAGGUAUAAACACAGUAGAAUUGCGUCAGAGACUUGAGAUGUCUGGGGUUGAGAUCACUGUCAGUGAACUGGCAAAACUAGCUAAUAUUAUUUCCUUUCUAUUUAGCACAGCAGCCAGAAACCAUCUCUCCACAGAGGAGCUUGUCGCCGCCCUGGGCAGCGAAGUCCGCGCGCUGCCGAAACACGCGGUUCAAGUCAUCCGUCACGUGUGGAGUGAGCAGGGCAAAGCUGUCAGUGCGGCAGAAGAGGCAAGAAAUAUGGACACAGUGGCACAGUUUAUAGAUCUUAGUUGGAAACUGGGAGUUGCAAUGAGCUCCGACACCUGCAGGUCUCUCAAGUAUCCUUACGUURCAGUGACGUUAAAAGUGGCAGAUCCUUCAGGACAAGUAACAAACAAAUCUUUCGAGAUGACAAUUCCGCAGUUCAAGAACUUUUCCAGUCAAUUCAAGGAAAUGGCAGCUGUUCUUGAAACAGUUUGAGUGGAACUCUUUAAUUUGCUCCUAAGUUUCUGAUGGACUUGGAUUGAGUAAACUUUGCUAUAUGCAGCAACUGCAGUGCCUUUGCUCAAGCCAGGUGUGUGUACUCGCCUUCCUGAGSAGUCUUUGUCAACGUCCUCCUUGAAUUGCUCUGAAAACCUCUUUGCUUUUGAACCCUGGAAACCAACUCUGUGGUAUCUGUGAAGUGUGCUCGGCUUCGUCCAUUCCGAUAGACAAAAGGUCAGGAUGUGGAAGGAGAGGUUUCACUACAGACUUCUUGUACUAUCCAGGAACAAGAAACUACACGUAAUAUUACUCAGUCCAAUUAACAUUUCCACAUACCUUUCUGCACUGAAGAGUUGAAGUGUAAAUCUCAUGUUAACUAUUUUGUGAGUAAAAUUGAGCUGUGUAUGGAUGAAACAAUGCUAACAAUGAUGAUUAAAUUACACGUAAUAAGCAAACAGUCUUGAAGAACAGCAGCAUUAGGGAGUUGAUUGCAAAUAUCUGCAGACAUACCCCUCUCUCUCACUCAUUGCUAGAGAAUAUACUUUUUCUAACAGCUUAUUUCACAUACUUGUUUUCCACUGCCUAGGCUUAGGAAAGCUGAGUUAGUGAAGUAAACUCUUCUGGAGAUACAAAGCUUAAUCUCUGAAAUGAAGGCUGGAAGCAAAUUUAAAACGUAGAACAAGAGGUUAAUUGAAUUCAAAAGCCUUUUAAUAUGUUUUUGCCCUUGCAGUUAAUMCAGCAAUAACCUGUGGUACACUGUUUGAUGUUUUGAUCAGCWGUUUGCUCAGUUUGUUUUCUAAUUAAAUUAGGGUAUCGAUGUAGCUGCCUUGCCUAAUCCCCUGAAAUAAAAGUCUUGAGAGAAAAAAAUAAUCUUGAGAAUUCAAGGCUUGUGUUAGCCAAGCACACCAGAGAAAUGAUCACACUAGGAGAUGGUAAAAUUUGGGGGUAGGUAGAGACUUGUUAUAUUUUGUGACAGGAGUCCACAGGACUAUGUUGCUCCUUGGGAUAAUGUCCUGUCUGGGCAGGACAGGUCCUAUUGAUUUUUUGAUUCUGAGAAUGGAGACCUUUUCAAAAGUGGGAGUGAUAGGCACGUGUUUUCUUCUCAAGUUUUACACGAACAAAAGGCAGACUACAAACAUAGUUGACUGUAAUAAUAUUGUUGCAUUUCAAGAUAUGGUCAAGGUGGUCUAGUAAGUCUGAAGAUAGACAGUUAAUACAGUUAAGCAGCCUGAAAUUUAUGUUACCACUUUGGCAACGCAGUGAAUGAAACCCAGUUUUGUUGGGACAGAUGCUCAAGUGGUAUUGAGCUCUGUAUAUGAGAACUUCUGCCUUUCUAAGCCACGUAAGGGGCUUUUUGUACUUYGAAGACAGAGAGACAUCUCCUACUCUUUGGAGCAUUAUUCCUGUUUGCUGCAUACAAUAAGUCAGAGAUUGGAGUUGGUGUGUGCAAGUUGGAAUGUAAGGUAACUAACGGAAAACAUGGUCAUGUUUUGACAUCAUGAGUUAACUGGCUUAGAUCAGUGCAGCAGUUCUGGGGAAUUUUUUUUUUUUUUUUGAUGAGGAUGAGGUUAGAGUCUUACAAAUACUUCAGUUUAUUCUAGUGCCCUGAAGUUCUUCAUACAGCUGGAAAUAGUUGUGCCUUCACUGGAACUGGAUGGAAAAGAAGAUUUCAUUAGCAGAGUCGUAACAGUAGUUUCGUAGACUGGGAAGGUAAUGAGAACGUGUUACUGUUUCUGCUUGGUCUUUCACCAAGAACAGAAAGUUGGCAGCUUCUGGAAAGCUGGGAAGUGUUAUUUUUGUCAAGUUUCCUGUGUCAGAAAUACUAAUGAAUGUUUUUCAAGUGUCCCUGCAUCCUGGUGUGUUGGAACUGCUGGCAGGGGCGGGGGGGCGAGUGYCCUUCCAGCACAAACCCCUGAGAAUCCCGAGAGGCCCUUAUGGGCAUCCCAGAGAAGUCUCUAGGAGUUGGCUCUGGAGCCAAACUGAUGGGCUUUGUGCUGAUCACUAUCAAUAUAUAUCCAUCUGCUAAACAAGGCAAGAAUUCAGCAGUAUAUAAAUAAGUAGAAGCCUAGCAGCUUGCAGGAUGGCAAUACUAACUUAUUUGAACAAGCUGUUGUAUCAUGUUCAUCUAUCUGUGCAGGAUCCAGAUCUUUCUGAAGCAAAUCAGGAGUCCUUGUUUGUUCUGCUUGUUUAUUGAUGCAGAACCACAUAACAUGAAUAUUUUUGUAAGGCAAUAAACAAUUAUUAAACACAAAGGUGACACAAAGGUAAAGAUGGUCUGUGUUUUAGUUCGAGUCUGCUGACUAGAACAGUCUCAAGCACUAUAAUGGGUAGGGUUCAUAGCUAGUUUAUGAUGAAACUUCUUCAUUCUAAUUUUAAUAAAGUUCAGCUUCCUUCUGUCGUGGGSUACUAAAAAGCUGAGGAGUAACUGCAGGCUGCAAAGAUUACUUAGGUGGCUCAGUAACAGCUGGACAAAACACUAUUAAACCUGARAAAGAAAUAUGCAAUAAAUGCAAUUUUUCAAGAAAUUGCAUGCAAGUGUUUUCACUUUCUGAACUCCUAUUUAGAAGAAAACUGCACCCAGGUUUUCUUUCCCACAGUUGCUGUGAUGAAAGCAAGACAAAACUGAAGGAGAAAGGAAGAAAUGUUGGCAACAGCUACCUGAUUUUUUUAAUUAGCUCAGAACAUACUUGUUUUUUACAGACUGCCUUUUAUUAUUUUAUUUUCUUCCUUUUCUUAAACAAUAGAAGUCCACAGAUGGUAGAAAUUGUAGUCUCUUCUGCACAUGUUUUCUAGUCUUCACUUUUGCCCACUAGCUU